GUUAACUCGAAAUGGAUUUGACAGAGUCGCAGUUUUCUGGAUGUGAUGGUUCCUCUAAUUUUAUACCUUCUUCUGAAUCUGAUCCCCCACCUCCUGUUUCUUAUCGUGUUGCUGAAUAUAAACCUGGGGAUAUACAUAUCAAUGGGUCUGAAGUUAACACUCAAAUUGCAUCGCCGGCUCUCGAUAUGUCGGUGUAUUCCAGUUUUGAAGCCUCAGACUUUGAAACAAAGCCAGGAUCUUUUACCCAAGCAGAUGAUUUCCAGGAUUUGUUGAAAGAAAAUGAAGACCCAUCCAAAUUAAAAGUAGACCAGUCGAGUUCAGUGGACUGUGCACAUGGAUUUCAGUAUAGUUGUUUGAACCGUGGAGGAAAAUCUUUGGGUCACAUCACACAAGACCUAUUCGACGAGGUCCCUAACCAAAAUUUUAUGCGUUUAUCUGAGCCAUUAAGCACGCAGCACAAAAUUACCACUAAUUCAACCAAUAGCCCUUUCUUAUCUGGAUUAGUAUCGCAUUCUUCAUCGUUGACACGGUUGCCGAAUUCUGCUUCAGUCUUAUUGAAUAGCAGUGCAGGUGAUGAUGAUGAGGAGGAUAUCUCUGGCAUAAAUGAUCAUGAGAUUUCGUACAAUCAUGAUGAGUCGGACCAUAUAGGGGAAAACGAAGGGAGCUCAUCAAUAAUGACGUUAUCAAAAAAACCUGUUAAAAAACAAAAUCUGGUCAAAAAUGAUUCAAGGCAUUCUACUGACUCUAUUUUAGCUAUCAAUGUAUCUGCAAUAGUUUAUCAAAUGGAUAAUACUCACAAUGUGAUAUUUGACAGCCGUUUCAAUGUAAAGAUAAACAAUGUCAACAUUGAAGCUGCCUAUCAUCGAUUACAAAAGGAUAAUGCAAAAUUAAUCGCUGAAUUGAGUUGUCUCCUGAAACCGACUGGUGGUUGUAGUGGUACUAAACAGGUGAAAACAAGUGAUUCAUUAUCGUCGAUAUCUCCACCGAUAACCGAUUCAUCAUCUCAUGUGCAUGCUGCUAGUUCAAAGUCGAAUUUUCCUUCAAGCAGUAUGUCUACAUCGAAUUCAGAUUUUGCCCAACCUAAGUUAGAUGAGAAUCCAGGUAGUACUGAUAAUCAUUCUUUUCCGUUCAAGUCACCUGUACGCGCAUCCUCUUCUGGAUCUGAACUUUUUAUACCACGUUCAAAAAAUAAUAAGUCAAAUGUUAGACAACUACCUAAAAAGAAAUCCCCGAUACGUGUAAGCACUACGUCUUCCUCAAGUUCUGAUCUCUUCAUACCUCGUCCUGCAAAUAAAUUUGGCUCCUUGAACUCUUCCGCCUCAGUCCAUAGUUCUAUGGUAAUGAAACCAACAGUCAAUCAGUCAAUCAGUUCACUUCUUGUAUCAGAGAAGGAACCAUUUGGUGGUAAUGAUCCGCGUCGCGAGUCAGUGACUUUGGUGAGCGAAACUGUCUCUGAAGAUACAGGCAACGAGUUAGCUGUUGCGGAGAGAAGUGAAGUAAACGACGAAGUGACUUAUGUGAUAACGGAUUCAGAGACGAAUUCACCAGGGAAUAAUGACAAGAAGGAAGCAAUGACAACAACAACAGUAGUAUCCGACCCUCGGGAUGAAACACUGACACCAAACAAAACGACCUCAGAUGAACAAUGGGUGUAUGCAAAAUGGAAAUUUGAAGGAAAUUAUUAUGCUGGGAAAGCGUACUCCAGUAAAAAUAGCUUGCGAUUUCUUGUUCAUUUCGAAGAUCAAACAAAAGCCAGCGUCAAAGAAUCCGACAUUGUUCAGGUUUAUUUACUACCUGUUGGUGCUGAAGUCAGUGCUCAAAUAAGGGAUGAUUAUGAGUAUUGGAGUAAUUGUGUUAUCCAGGCUCAUCUGGAUGAUUCCGCCCGUCCUUAUGAGAUUUUGUGUCGAACUACAAAUAAAGUUUAUCGCUUACAAAGACGUCAAGUGUCUAUUAAUGAGGUGGAGGUGAAAAACUUGAGAUUUCGAAAACUUCUACCCAGCAGCAGCAGCAGUCAUGUUGACCCACCGGUUUCCCCGCAUAACGAUUCUAAUGUUUGUGAUACGAAUUCUGUGCUAAAGAAGUGUGCAAGCCCAGACGUCAGUCUGGCAAAUAUAAUUAGUGAGAAACGCAAGUGCAAGCCGAAAACUUACAGAUCAAGUUGGAUUACGCCAAAACGUUUUGCUACACCUGUGGACGGAGAUGAUGUAUGCCACAGUGAUGAUGCUCGACACGCGGAAACAGUACCCAGUAAGACUGUUCCGUCAACUUCUGCACGUAAAGACUUCAGAAAGCAGCUGCAUCAUCAACCAUCAUCUUCUUGGCUAUCUCGUGACAGUCGUUCUCGGAGUAGUAGUAGUACACCUGUCGAAUCAAAAGUACCUACUACUCAUAAUUCGGCUAAGAAGCAGCGUCUAUCCGAUUUAUUUUCCGAUGAUGAUGAAUGUGAAGAUCUAACUCAACCGAUGUUCAAGGAAACUCCUGUUGCAAAGAUUGAUUGA